AUGGGUCUCUUCAAGGUCCGAAACAUCGGAACCCGCCCCAAAAACCUUCCUCCCGGCCCACCAACGAAGUGGCUCCUAGGCAACCUCCUCCAAAUGCCCAGGGAAAAAGCCUACCUCCAAUUCAAAAAAUGGGCAGACGAAUAUGGCCCCAUCUACACGCUCAUCCUCGGCACACAAACCACCAUAGUCCUGACCGAUGCCGAGAUAGUCAAGGACCUCUUGGACAAGCGCAGCGGCAUCUACUCGUCGCGCCCUGAGGCGUACCUGAGUCGGGUAGCUAGUAAGGGAUUGAGGAUGGCUGGUAUGUUCUAUGGCGACCAAUGGCGUCGCGCCCGUAAAAUCCUCCACUCCAUCCUCAACAGGACCAGUUCCCUCUCCUUCCGGCCCUAUCAAGACCUAGAAACCAUGUCCCUCCUCGCCGCCAUCCUCGACGACGCCGACGCCGACGCCAAAGCUCCCCUCUCUUCUGCCACCACCGAGGCCGAGGCCGCCGGCGGCCACCAAUCCCGCCACCACCUGUUCGACCACUUCCGGCGCACCUCGCACUCGCUCGCCACCUCCAUCUUCUACGGGUUCCGCAUCCAGGACCCUAGCGAUCCUAGGCUGUUGCAGAUGUAUCAGAACUUGCAACACUUUUCCGACCUAAGCGGCGGUGCGCAAGCAUCAGCGGCGGCCUUGUUGUUGGAUGUUUACCCCGUUUUGAGGAGGCCGUGGUUUCAACAAUGGUUGCCGAUCUACAAGCAUGCGGUUGCGGUAGGAGAAAAAACGAGCGAGUUUUUUUGGGGGUUGUGGAUGCCCGCCAAGCAAAAAGUUCUUCUUUCCAACGGAAAGAUGAGCCAUAGCCAGCAGCAGCCUUGUUUUGCCGUUAGCAUGGUGAAAGCCCAACAACAAGAAGAGCAGGAGCAGGGGCAGGGGCAGGGUAAGGGUACUGGUAUCAUCACGGACGAGGAAGCGGCGUUUAUCAUUGGGAAUGCUGGGCUCGAGGCGGGGAGUGAUACCAUGUCUAGCACGCUGGCGGCAUUUAUUAUGGGUGUUGUCAUGUACCCGGAGGUUGGCAAAAGGUUGCAAGAAUGCGUGGAUGAGUUUACCUCUACCGAUGGCCCGGGGAGCAGCAGCACAUGCAGGAUGCUGACGAUUGAAGACGUACAGGAUCCGAGGGCGCAGUAUGUGCGGGCGUGCGUGAAGGAGGCACUGAGGUGGAUGCCGACGGGGAUUUUGGGGUUGCCGCAUGCGGUUGUUAGGGAUGAUGAGUAUAGGGGGUAUAAGAUUCUGAAGGACUCGAGUGUUGUGCUUAACAUCUGGGGCAUCAACACCGAUGGAAACCGAUACAAGGACCCUCACACGUUCAACCCCGACCGGUUCAUACACGACACGCAGACUUCUUCCCAAGCUGCGCUGAACCCUAACGUCGCCGAGCGUGAUCACUACACCUUUGGCGCCGGUCGUCGUAUUUGCCAGGGUCUGCAUGUGGCUGAUGACUUUCUGUUCUUGGGCAUCGCUAGACUGAUGUGGGCCUUCAACUUCGAUCGUGCCAUCAAUCCUCAGACGGGAAAGGAGAUCGUGCCUGAUAGACUCGAUCUGAUCGGUGGUUUGAUGGUACAGCCGGCGCCGUUCAAGAUGAACAUUACUCCGAGAAGCGAGAAGAGGGCGCAGAUGGUGAGGGACGCGUGGAAGGAGUGCCAGGAGACCAAGUUGGAUGGGGAGAUGCAGUGGAAGAGCGUGCUGAAUGAGAUGUAUAGGGUGUUCCCGAGUAUGAGCGAGGUGAAGGCGGCUUGA